AUGCAAACACCACCUUCUCACCCAGGACUUUUCUCGGUGGUUCAUCAGGGAGAAUCAGGUUCUUUUAGUAGCAGACUUAUUGCUGAACGUGAUUUCCCCAAAGAUAGUGUCAUUGUCGAUCUCAAAGGGCUCACACCUGGUCCAAAACAAUAUUCUUCAGUUCAAAUUUCCCCUACAGAGCACGUUGAACUCAAUAGUGACUUACUCUAUUUAAACCAUGCAUGCAACCCUUCUACUUAUUUGGAUGUGUCGAAAAAAGCGUUAGUAGCCCUUAAGGAUAUAAGAAAGGGUGAAGAGUUGAACUUUUUCUAUCCUUCUACCGAGUGGGAUAUGGCUCAAGCUUUUGAUUGCUGGUGUGGUUCUGAAAAGUGUAUCGGUAAAGUGAAUGGUGCCAGACAUAUUCCAACAUCCACUCUUAAACAAUUUACUUUAAGUGAACAUAUCAAGCAACUUAUUAAAGAACGCGACUUGAAUUAA